ACACGCGCUCUGUCUCUCCCUCCCUCUCCCACUUAGCUUUCUUUCUCAAAACUUCUCUGCAGAGCGUAGACGGUAGAACCUCACAACCAUGUAUCGUUUUGCCUCUAGUCUUGCAUCCAAAGCCAGGUUGGCGAAGAAUAGUACACAGCUGGUUGGUAAUAGAUUGAGUUGGAGCAGAAACUAUGCGGCCAAGGACAUUAAAUUUGGUGUUGAAGCUCGUGCUUUAAUGCUUAAGGGCGUUGAAGAACUCGCUGAUGCUGUCAGAGUUACCAUGGGGCCUAAAGGUCGUAAUGUUGUUUUGGAACAAAGUUUUGGGGCUCCGAAGGUGACAAAAGAUGGUGUUACAGUAGCAAAGAGCAUUGAAUUCCAAGAUAGGGUCAAGAACAUCGGUGCUAGCCUUGUAAAGCAGGUUGCAAAUGCUACAAAUGAUGUGGCUGGUGAUGGAACUACAUGUGCAACUGUCCUAACCCGAGCUAUAUUUACUGAAGGAUGCAAGUCAGUGGCUGCAGGUAUGAAUGCAAUGGACCUGAGACGAGGGAUUACAAUGGCAGUUGAUGCUGUUGUGACAAAUUUAAAGGGCAGAACACGUAUGAUCAGCACAUCUGAAGAAAUUGCCCAGGUUGGAACAAUAUCAGCAAAUGGAGACAGAGAAAUCGGAGAGCUCAUAGCCAAGGCUAUGGAGAAAGUUGGAAAAGAAGGUGUUAUUACCAUUUCUGAUGGGAAAACACUGUAUAAUGAAUUAGAGGUUGUUGAGGGAAUGAAGCUAGACAGGGGCUAUAUAUCACCUUACUUCAUCACCAAUCAGAAGAACCAAAAAUGUGAAUUAGAAAAUCCGCUCAUUCUAAUCCAUGAGAAGAAAAUUUCGAACUUAAAUGCUAUUGUGAAAGUACUGGAGUUGGCUUUAAGGAGUCAAAGGCCUUUAUUGAUUGUUGCUGAAGAUGUUGAAAGUGAAGCCUUAGCAACUCUUAUCAUAAACAAGCUUCGUGCUGGAAUCAAGGUUUGUGCCAUCAAAGCCCCUGGAUUUGGAGAAAAUAGGAAGGCCAGCAUGCAAGACCUUGCUGUUCUCACAGGAGGCCAGGUUAUAACUGAAGAGCUUGGGAUGAACCUUGAAAAGGUGGUGCCAGAAAUGUUUGGUUCAUGCAAAAAGGUUACAGUAUCAAAGGAUGACACUGUUGUUCUUGAUGGGUCUGGUGACAAGAAAGCCAUUGAAGAAAGAUGUGAAGAGUUGAGAGCCACAAUUGAAUUGAGCACUUCAGACUAUGACAAGGAGAAGUUACAAGAGCGCCUUGCUAAGCUUUCUGGUGGUGUUGCAGUUUUAAAGGUUGGCGGAGCUAGUGAAACAGAAGUGGGUGAAAAGAAGGAUAGAGUUACUGAUGCCCUAAAUGCUACUAAGGCUGCAGUGGAGGAAGGGAUUGUACCUGGUGGUGGUGUUGCACUUCUCUAUGCCUCAAAGGAGCUGGACAAAUUGCAAACUGCAAAUUUUGAUCAGAAGAUUGGUGUUCAGAUUAUCCAGAACGCUCUCAAGAUGCCCGUGUACACAAUUGCUUCAAAUGCUGGAGUUGAGGGGUCAGUGGUUGUUGGCAAGCUAUUGGAACAGGAAAAUCCUGACCUUGGAUAUGAUGCAGCUAAAGGUGAAUAUGUAGAUAUGAUUAAGUCAGGGAUUAUUGAUCCAUUGAAAGUCAUAAGAACAGCCUUGGUGGAUGCCGCAAGUGUAUCCUCAUUGAUGACUACAACUGAGGCAAUCGUCGUUGAGCUACCAAAGGAUGAGAAGGAAGCUCCAGCAAUGGGAGGAGGCGGAGGCAUGGGCGGCAUGGGAGGCAUGUACUAAGUUUUCCAUUGGGGGCGAUCAUGGUACUGUAUUUGAAAAAAAAAAUAUCUUUUAUCAUUUUUUACUUAUCAACUAUUAAAACAUGAGCAGAAUAUUAGGUUAGAGAAGGGCACAUUCUUCCUCUUAAGUUAUUUAUCUCUCCCCUCCAUAAAUGAGUUAUCCAUUUUUUUUUCUCUC